AUAACAAUGAAACAAAUUCCUCGCACACCAAUGCGUAUCCCGAAAACUCCAAGAGCUCAGCCACCAGCGUCGGUAGCAGAAAACCGACGUGAUGUAUGUGAAAAGGCACAAGAUCCGGUAAAUGUCUUCUGCCGAGUACGACCUUUGCAAUCCGACGCGGAUCUCACAUCGUUGCGGGUAAAAAACGCAACGACGAUAUGUCUUAAUCCGCAGGAUCAAUUAAUGCAGCAUCACAAACCACUACCCGGCGCUCAACGCGAAAUUCAAUACAUAUUCAAGCAUGUAUUUCAGUCUGAUGCGACACAGCGAGAAGUCUUUGCUGCAGUUGCACAGCCACUAGUUGAAAAUUUAAUACGAGGUCGGAAUAGUUUGCUUUUUACGUACGGAGUGACAGGUAGUGGGAAGACUUUUACCAUGACGGGUAAUCUAAGACAUCGUGGAAUUAUGCCCCGAUGCCUGGAUGUCCUCUUCCGCACAAUUUCCGACUACCAAGCAAAAAAGUUUGUAUUUAAACCGGACAAGUUAAAUGGGUUUGAGGUACUUUCGGAAGAGGAUGCCCUUUUGGAGCGACAGCAGGAGAUGAAUCGUCGUUUCGCUGGAGGUGGUCGAUUUGGACGCAAACGCAAAGAUUCCGAUCCGGAAAUCGCUUCACAGGCAUCUGUUGACCCCUCGCCGAUUGCUGGGUUGGACGAAGACAACAUGUAUUCGGUGUUUGUGACUUACAUUGAGAUUUAUAACAAUAGUGUGUAUGAUCUUUUGGAGGUAUCCGGUAUACAAAAGACUUUACAAAGCAAAAUCAUACGUGAGGAUGCCAAGCGGCACAUGUUUGUGCAUGGUGUCACUGAAGUGGAAGUUAAAACAGUCGAGGAAGCCCUGGAAGUUUUCCAAAUGGGACAGAAACGUAAGCGCAUGGGCCACACAGUGCUUAAUGCCGAGUCCAGUCGCAGUCAUUCAGUCUUCAACAUUCGCCUUGUCCAGGCGCCUACUGAUAACCAAGGCGAAAAUGUAAUCCAAGAUAGGCAAACUAUAACAGUAAGCCAACUUUCAUUAGUUGAUUUGGCUGGUAGUGAACGUUCUUCGCGCACUAAAAAUACUGGUGUACGCCUUCGAGAGGCAGGAAAUAUUAACAAUUCGUUAAUGACGUUGCGCACUUGCCUCGAAUAUCUUCGUGAAAAUCAGCAAAUGUGUAAUGCAAUGGGGGCGGCAAAGAAAAUCCCCUAUCGCGACUCGAAAAUAACGCACAUGUUUAAAAAUUAUUUUGAUGGUGAAGGACAAGUCUCCAUGAUUGUGUGCAUCAAUCCGAGAAUUGAAGAUUAUGAUGAGAAUAUGCAAGUAAUGAAAUUCGCAGAAUUAACCCAAGAAGUUCAAGUUGCCAGGGCCACUCCAAUAAUAACUGGACUUGGAUUAGCACCUGGACGUCGUAGGGCCAACAAGCUAUUUAAGAUUGCUACCAAUAAUCUAACUGAACUUGGCAUAUCUGAAGCUAAAGAGUUACAAGUAGAUCUGGGUUUGGUUUACAGUUUGGGUCCAGACUUUCCAAGCUAUCAGAUGAACAGUCCGGAGACGGAGAUAAAAAUCCAAGAGCUUAUGUUCUACCUAGAGCAACGCAUUGAAAAGCGUAGGCAACUUCGCGACAGUUUAAAAGUUAAAAGCGACAACUUCCGUCAAAUUCUUAUGAGAAUGGAACAGGACAAUCUACAGCUGCGCACAGAAGUGGCCUCAUCAAAGGUUGUCUACAAACAAGAACGUGAACGCAGUGCCGCUUUAGAAAAUAAGGUGCGUAUCCACGAGAGUUCUAUCGAUGUGCUAAAUAAUACACUCAGCAAGCGGGAAAGACAAAUCGAAGAGCUGACAUAUAAACUCAACGAGAAGGAAAAUUUGCUAACGCAAAAAGAGCAGGAGAAAGAAAAACAGAAAAAGAAGUUUAGCUCUAAAUUGGCCGUUGAAUCCGAUAAGAAAAAGCGGGAGUUCGAACAAAAACUUCGCGAGCAACGAGUCAAGUUGCAAGAGCGCAUGCGCAUUAAAGACGAAAAGUUGCGCCUCGUUUCAAAUAUUCUUCAAGCUGAUGAUGUGCCACCGAGCAGUCUGAUCAGGUCACAAAGUUCCGAAGAUCUACUCAGUGAUAAGAAUCGUGAGGGGGCAUUUACUGCUCGCACCGAGACAUGUGUGGCUUCAACACGAAUGGACAUCUACGCGACACCUCGUCAUGGCGCGAUAGCCGCAAAUCCCAGACAUCGCCGAUCUCGUUCUGCUGGCGAGAAAUGGUUAGAGCACCGCUCCGCCAAACCUAUUCCUCUGGGUACCAUUAUGCAACCUUAUCUUAAAAAUCGCAAAUCUGUUACGAAACUAACAGACUUAAAAGAGUUGACUGGAAAUGGAACGACCAAAUACUGCCUUGUUUCCCAGGAGGCAGACACUGAUGGUGACGUGGAGACGAAACUGUACAAAGGAAAUGUGAUUCCAACAUGUGGAGGCGGCGCUCAGGUCGUAUUUAACGAUGUAGAGUGUUUAAAACAGAAGUCCCCUAUUCAUUCACCUACUCGAAAGCGCAUGAGCACCGGCACCUUGUCAGCCCUAGGUGGUCCCAGUACAGUAGCAUCUGUGCAAGAUGUGGCCAUGCGUUGUAAUCUUGGCAUCGAGGGUCACAGCAGCAAGAAAUCAAAACCAUAAGAGUUGAGAUGAAGACCAUGUUUAUUAUUAUGAAUUAAUGAAGAUUAAUUUCAUUGUAUGUUUAACGCAGCAAGUACCAAAAUACUCGUUGUUUUACAGUUUUAAUGUGCCAUUAGGCGCUUCCUUUUUGAUUUUUUUCUUACUUUUUUGAAUCACCUAAAGAAGUACUUAAACUUAAAAAACUAGGACUAUCAGUGAAAUGUGUAUUUUUUUAAUAACCUUUUUACUUAUUUUAAGGCAGAAGAAUCUGAAAAAAAAAACUUUUUUGUGAGUGUAUUAGACAUGAAUUUAUCAAUUUAUGAAGAAUAUAAUUAUAUUUAAUACGAAAAGCAA